CACCAUCGCGCUCCCCUGGAGACAGCCCUGGCGGGCUGCGGAGAUGAUGGGCUGAGCGCCCGCUGCAGGGGCACCCCAGGGCCAUGAGCUCCCCGUGGGGCCCCGACUCCGACAUCGCUGACUGGUUGGCCACCAUCCACCUGGAGAGGUACCAGGAUGUCUUCAGGCAGCAUGGCUACCGCCUGGCACGGGAUGCCACCUCGCUGGACGCUGCCCUCCUGCAGCAGCUUGGCAUCGCCGCCACCGGGCACCGCAAGAGGAUCCUGAGCCUGGUGCAGCAGACCCGGAUGCUCGGCCAGCCCCAGGCAGGACCUGCAGCACCAGCAGCACCAGCAGCAGCACCAGCAGCACCAGCAGCAGCACCAGCACCAGCAGCAGCCUCCCCUUUGCCAGCCAGCCGCGGCCUGGAUGCCCCCGGGGCGGGCAAGGAUGCCAUGAAAGCGGAGGCAGGAGGAGCCGCUGCCAGCUGUGGGCGGCAGCAGCGCGUCCCUGUGCCCGGGCAGGCGCCGCCCUCGGCGCGGCUCCCCGCCGCCGCCCCCCCGAAGCCGGUGCCCAAGCCCAGGACGGUUUUCCUCCGCUGCCGGCCGGAGCAGGGCUGCGUGCCCAGGCCGCCCGCCCGCAGCGCCCUGCCGCCGCGCAGCCCCGAGGGGGCACCCGCAGCCUUCGUGGUGCUGGAGGGCUUCGUGCCAGGGGAGAGCUCCACGGACUUGGAAAGCCCGGCGGCCGGCCCGGCCCCUCCAGCCGCGACCAUGGGCAUGGCCCUCUCCCGGCUGCGGGGGAGGGACGGCACCAGGGAAGAGAAGCGACCCCCCCCGGCCCAGGGACAGGCCCUGGAAAAGCCCCUCCUGAGCGUGGCUUCUGUCCCACCGCCCCACAACGCUCCGGGGGGUGGCCCUGAGGGUCCCCCCGCCUCCAGCCCUCCCCUGCCCACCCCAGCCGGGAGAGAUCUCUCCCCCUGCCCCAGGGCAGCCUCACAGCCCGGCUCGGGGCAGGGCAGGGUGGAGAUGGUGUCCAACGUCCUCUACGAAGGCUUCAAGCGCCCAGCAGCAGCUGCUGAGGACUCAGGAGGGGUGGGGGAAGCCCAAGGGCAGCCCCCAGCAGCGUCCCUGCCAGAGGUGACCCAGCCAGAGGACAAGUCUGGCAGUUCCAGCAGGCCUGGGGGGCAGGUGCCCCCCAUCCCCCAGAGACCCCGCUGCAAGCCAGAGGUUGGGGAGCAGCCUGUCAGCCCCUACUGUGAGACCAUCUUUGGCCAUGCAGCCCCAGCCCGCGAGCAGAAGGCUGGUGACAUCUCUGACCAGGGCUACGAGGCAGUGUCAGAGCUGGCCCGGGAGAGGGAACCAAGGAGAUGGGGUCAGGAGGCAGGCAGCGAGGGGAGGAGCGAGGAGGAGGAGGAGGAGGAGGAGGAGGAGGAGGGCAGGUCCCGGCUCAUCGACCGCAUCGUGCACAACGACUCGGAAGGCUACUCCACCGUGGAGGCCCCAGGGGCUGGGGGCAGCCCCUUCAGCCUGCCAGCUCACCUCUACCCAGACGAGGUCCUGGAUGACCUGACCAUCUCCCCCUACGCCAGCUUCACCUCCCUCUCCGAGCCCAGACCCACCAUGCUCAGCGGCUGGCUCGACAAGCUCUCCCCCCAGGGGAACUACGUCUUCCAGCGGCGCUACGUGCGCUUCGACGGCAAGCACCUGAUGUACUUCAGCAGCGAGAAGGAGCCCUACCCCAAGGGGGUGAUCCCCCUGGCAGUGAUGGAGAUGGCUCGUUCCAACAAGGACAACAAGUUCCAGGUCUUCACCAGCCACCGCAUCUUCGUCUUCCGUGCUGAGAACGAGGCCCAGAGGAACGAGUGGUGCUCCACGCUGCAGCAGAAGGUGAUGGAGCAGCGCCUGCUGGGGGCCCGGCCUCGGCCUGCUCACAGUGCUCACUGCCAGAAGUCAGGGACCCUGGAGCUGAAGGGCCACAAGUCCAAGGUGUUUGCAGCCCUGAGCCUGCCCGAGAUGUGGCUCUACAAGAGUGAGCAGUUCUUCAAGAUGGGCAUCGGCGUCUGCUUCAUCGAGAUGCGAGGCUCCACCAUCCGCGAGGCCAAGAACCGCGGCUUCGAGCUCAUCACCCCCUCCAAGACCUUCAGCUUCGUGGCGGAGUCGGAGCGGGAGAAGCGGGAGUGGAUGGAGGCCCUGCAGGAGGCCAUCGCUGAGACGCUCUACGACUACGAGGUGGCGGAGAAGAUCUGGUCCAACAAAGCCAACAGGCACUGUGCAGACUGCUGGGCUCACAACCCUGACUGGGCAUCCAUCAACCUCUGUGUGGUCAUCUGCAAGCAGUGUGCAGGGCAGCACCGCAGCCUGGGCUCCAACAUCUCCAAGGUGCAAAGCCUGAAGCUCGACACCGGCGUCUGGUCCAACGAAAUCGUGCAGCUCUUCAUCGUGCUCGGCAACGACCGAGCCAACCGGUUCUGGGCCGCCCGGCUGCCCCCCGCCGAGGCGCUGCCCCCCGACGCCAGCGCCCAGCAGCGCCACGACUUCAUCGCCCGCAAGUACCGCCAGGGCAGGUACCGCCGGGCACACCCGCACCACCGCUCCCAGCAGGAGGUGCUCCAGGCACUGUGCUCUGCGGUGGCAGGACCAGCUCUGCUCAAGACCAUCCUGCAGUUCUUCUCCUCCUCAGAGGAGCUGGCAGCUGACCACACUCCCUGUGAGGUGGCCCCAGGGGCUGACCUGUGGUGGGCACCGGAGAGCAAGAGACCCAGAAACCGUUCAGGGAGCCCCCAGCCAAGGGACCUGGCUCCAGAGGGUGUCUACAACGAGAUCACGCAGCCGGUGGCGCUCAGCGGCUACCUGUACCGGGCCACCGCCCCCCCCAGGCUGCCAGGUGCCAGGAAGAGCAAGGAGGACUUCCAGCGCACGUGGUGCUCCCUGGAGAGAUCGCUGCUCUUCUUUGAGACGGAGAAAUGCACCGAGCCCCUGGGCCACAUCGAGAGUGGGGACCUCAUCUCCAUGGGUGUCAGCAGAGCCCAGGCCCUCGCCAGCCCUGGCCCCGUUGAAAGGUUUCGCUUCACCCUCGAGCUCUUCCUCACCGGGGAGAAAGUGCAGCAGCUGGGCACUGAGGGCCCUGAGACACUGCAAGCCUGGGCCAGUGCCAUCGGCAAGUGGUUCACCCCCGUGAGCUGCCACUGCCUGCUGGGCUACGAGUUCCAGCGUGUGGGCCAGCUGCGCUACAAGUGCAUGCUCGACCCCGAGAGGUGGCAGCAGGCCUUCUUCAUCCUGCAGAAAGCUCACCUCUUCAUCUGCCCCUGCCAGGAGGAUGGCACCGAGGACAGCAUCAACCUGCGGCGGCUGCAGGAGCUCAGUCUGGUUCCUGCCACGGAGACCCCAGAGAAGAAGGAGCUGCUGAUCCUGGUGGAGAUGGGGAGGACCUUCUACCUGCAGGGGCUGUCGCGGGCGGACGCUGCUGCCUGGUACGGAGACAUCCAAGCCUCGGCCGGUGGCAGGGGCAAUGCCCUGCGGGACCAGCAGCUGAGCCGUGGGGACAUCCCCAUCAUCGUGGACAGCUGCAUCGCCUUCAUCACCCAGUACGGGCUGCGCCACGAGGGGAUCUACAGGAAGAACGGCGCCAAGUCGCGGAUCAAGGUGCUGAUGGAGGAGUUCCGGCGCGACGCUCGCAACGUCAAGCUGCGCAUCAGCGACAACUUCAUCGAGGACGUCACCGACGUGCUCAAGAGGUUCUUCCGCGAGCUGGAGGACCCUGUCUUCACCCUGGAGCUGCACCCACAGUGGAAGGAGGCUGCAGAGAUCUCCUCGAAGCCGCAGCGCCUGGAGCGCUACAAGGAGCUCAUCCAGCGCCUGCCUCGCCUCAACCACAAGACUCUGGCUGCGCUCAUUGGGCACCUCUACAGGGUGCAGAAGUGUGCAGACCUCAACCAGAUGAGCACCAAGAACCUGUCGCUGCUCUUCGCCCCCAGCCUCUUCCAGACCGAUGGCAAAGGGGAGCACGAGGUCAAGGUGAUGGAAGACCUCAUUGACAACUAUGUCAGCAUCUUCAAUGUAAGCUCCAUGCUGGUAUCCCAGAUGGAUCUGGAGAACAGUCUGAUCACCACCUGGAAGGACACUCAGCUCUCCCAGGCAGGAGACCUCAUCAUUGAGGUUUACCUGGAGCAGAGGCUGCCCGACUGCUGCGUCACCCUCAAGGUGUCCCCCAGCCUGACAGCAGAGGAGCUCACCAACCAGGUGCUGGAGAUGCGCAGCGUGGCAGCCAGCCUGGACAUCUGGCUGACCUUUGAGGCCCUGGAGAACGGGGAACUGGAGAGGCCUCUGCACCCCAAGGAGAAGGUUCUGGAGCAAGCCCUGCAGUGGUGCAAGCUGCCAGAGCCCAGUGCUGCCUACCUGCUGGUGAAGAAGGUGCCCAUCGGGGUGGGCAGCUGCCUCUUCACAGGUGCCAAGCGUGAGAGCCCCAAGUGCGGGCUGCUGAGGUGCCGCGAGGAGCCCCCCCGGCUGCUGGGCAGCAAGUUCCAGGAGCGCUACUUCGUCAUCAGGGACAGGAGGCUGCUGCUGCUCAAGGAGAAGAGGAGUGCCAGGCCGGAGCGGGAGUGGCCUCUGGAUGCAGCCAAGGUCUACAUGGGCAUCAGGAAGAAGCUGAAGCCACCAGCACAGUGGGGCUUCACCCUGAGCCUAGACAAGCAGCAGCUGUACUUGGUGUGCUCAGGGCAGGCUGAGCUGUGGGACUGGACCACCAGCAUCCUCAAGGCUCAGCACGAUGACCUGCGCCCCGUGAUCCUGCGCCGUCGCUCCUCCUCCGACCUGGCCAAGCAGAAGUUUGGUACCAUGCCACUGGUGCCCCUGCACGGGGACAGCACCGAUGCCACCAUGCUCUCUGCCAACCAGACCUUGCGCCGGCUCCACACACGGAGGACUCUGUCCAUGUUCUUUCCCAUGAAGAUGCACCAGGACUCCUUGGAGGAGCAGCAGGAGAAGGAGGUGGACACUGACCCUGUCUACGAGGAGGUGGGCAACUUCCCUGAGCUGGCAGCGCUGGAGCUGGGGCAGGGCCUGCUGGAGGAGCUGUCGGCAGUGCCCACCGUGGACAGGCCCAAGGAGCUGAGCCCCUUCCUCGGGCAGCCCCCGGGCACGGCGCUGCGCUCCUCCCUGCCCGCCAGCCCCCCCCAGACGGUGGCAGCGCCCUCGGUCACCAAAGCCCUGUCCCUGGAGAGGGGCCUCAACCUGGAGAGCGACAGAGCUCCUCCGCAGGGGCUCAGAGCCCCCAGAACGGCUUCGCUGGAGAGGAGCAGGGAGCCGUCCCUGGUGCUGGACUGGGAGGAGGCAGCCGCCGCCGGCGGCAGCGGUCCCGGCGCGGACAGCUCCCUGCAGGGGCCCCGGCAGAGGAGCGCGCAGCCUUCCUCGCCCAUCGGCGACAAGCUCAUCCAGGAGCUCAGCAGCGUCAUCCUCAGGAAGAGCGAGGGCCAGCCGCCGGUGACGUGAGCUCCGGUGCCCGAGGGGCAGCCCCCGCC